UAGGUCUUUGCAAACAGGAGCCCAUCCGAACAUCAGCAUAAGAAGCAUGCAUUGGCUGCGACUUACCGAACUCUCUCACUUUUGCUUGUGACUUACCAGUGUGUAGACAGUGAUUUGGUACGGCUGUUGUGUUUGGGUGUUCAUGUGACGCAAAACGUCUUUUGCUUUCUUUUGUUGGUAGAUGAGAUCCUUGCAUCGAGGAAGUGUGUAGUGACUUCCUCUCCCAUAGAUUCAGAUUUUAGACCAUCAUUCCAUUUUUGCUUUAACGUUUUGGAUUCGUCUUUGUCGUUUUCAUCUUUAAAAUCGUUAAUGGACACGUUAAUGGAGAAGCAUUGCUGAAUGAUUAAGUAACUACAUUAGUAAAGCUUUUGCGGUCUUUACUGCUGUUCGAUUUCUCUGUGAGGACGUUUGGCAGUCCCUCCCCAGAGUCUGUGAACAAUGCAGAACUUCUGGACAGACAUUAUGAAUCUGAGGAGCACCAGAGGAGCUAAAAUCAUUUCGGGCAAUGAUGAGGAAGCUGUUGUCGAUCAGGGGAAAACCAGCUCCAGCAUCAACACAAAGUUUGAAAAAGAAGAACUUGAAAGUCACAGGGCAGUUUACGUGGGCGUGCAUGUACCUUUAGGAAAACAAAGCAGACGUAGACAUCGCCACCGCGGUCAUAAGCACCAUCGGAAAAGAAAGGACAGAGGAUCCGAACGAGAUGAUGGCAGAGAAUCACCAACGAACGACACCCCCUCACAGAGGGUCCAGUUUAUUCUGGGCACUGAGGAUGAUGAUGAAGAGCACAUUCCUCACGACCUCUUUACUGAAUUAGAUGAACUGUCCUUCCGUGACGGACAUGCUUACGAGUGGAAAGAAACAGCUAGGUGGUUGAAGUUCGAGGAGGAUGUGGAGGAUGGAGGAGAACGCUGGAGCAAACCCUAUGUCGCCACACUUUCUCUUCACAGUUUAUUUGAGUUACGAAGCUGCAUUCUCAAUGGCACAGUCAUGCUGGACAUGAGAGCUAACAGCAUUGAGGAGAUAGCAGAUAUGGUAUUAGACAACAUGGUGGCGUCAGGCCAGCUGGACGAGAGUCUGAGGGAAGACGUGCGCACCGCCAUGCUGAAGAGACAUCAUCAUCAGAAUGAGAAAAAACUGAGCAAUCGUAUCCCGAUCGUGCGCUCCUUCGCCGACAUAGGCAAGAAACACUCAGACCCGCACUUGCUUGAGAGGAAUGGCGAGGGUCUCUCCGCCUCCCGUCUGUCCCUCCUUCGACGCAGCUCCUUCUCUCUGUCCAACCCCCUGAACUCUCGCCGUCCCUCCGCAGAGUCUCGCUGUUCCCGCUCCUCCAUCAUCCUCAACUUCCUCCUGCCCAGUGCCAACAACAGCCCCUCUGCCUCCCCCAACAUCUCCCCUUGUACCACUCCUCAUAACACGCCGCCCACCCCUCGCCAUAUUCCAUCACCUCCCUGCUACCCAGGACCCUCCCAGCUGCUUGUGGCACGGGGAGAGAGAAUGGACAUUCCGGAAGUCAUCGUGUUCCCACCCGAGGAGGAGGAACCGCGUCUGUCUGCCGGCCAGAAGAAGCAGGUGGUGUCUGACCCGGCCACACUGGCACAGCUCCUGCUUCCAUCUCAGUCAGGCUAUCUCUCAUCGCCCCAGUCGGCCCCGGGGAACCUGGAAAACAGCAAGCCCAGUGAGAUCCGUUUGAACGGUGCGGGUGGCAGCAGGGAAAACAGCACUGUGGACUUUAGCAAGGUGGACAUGAAUUUUAUGAGGAAAAUUCCUCCCGGUGCAGAGGCUUCGAAUGUUUUGGUGGGGGAAGUUGAUUUCCUGGAGAGUCCAAUCAUCGCCUUUAUUCGCCUUUCACCUGCUGUUCUCCUCACGGGACUGACAGAAGUCCCAGUUCCUACCAGGUUUCUCUUCCUGCUUUUGGGGCCUUUUGGGAAAGGAGGCCAGUACCAUGAGAUUGGCAGAUCGAUAGCUACAUUGAUGACAGAUGAGAUCUUCCAUGAUGUGGCAUACAAAGCCAAAGACAGGACUGACCUGCUCUCUGGCAUAGAUGAGUUUUUGGAUCAGGUGACUGUGCUGCCUCCAGGAGAGUGGGACCCCACAAUACGAAUCGAGCCACCAAAGAGCGUCCCGUCUCAGGAGAAGAGAAAGAUCCCAUCCUUGCCUAAUGGAUCUGCUCCACCCUCAGAGUCCAUCAAAGAGGAGGAUCACCAUGCUGGACCUGAACUUCAAAGGACAGGACGGAUAUUUGGGGGUCUGGUACUAGAUGUAAAAAGAAAAGCUCCGUUUUAUUGGAGCGACGUGCGGGAUGCUUUCAGCCUGCAGUGCUUGGCUUCUAUUCUGUUUCUCUACUGUGCCUGCAUGUCCCCUGUCAUCACCUUUGGAGGCCUACUGGGGGAGGCCACUAAAAACAACAUAAGUGCCAUUGAGUCUCUGUUUGGAGCUUCUAUGACCGGUGUGGCCUACUCUCUGUUUGCUGGUCAGCCAUUGACGAUCCUGGGCAGCACUGGACCGGUUCUGGUUUUUGAGAAAAUUUUGUUUAAGUUCUGCAAUGAUUACGGUCUAUCUUACCUCCCACUGCGCACCAGCAUCGGUCUAUGGACGGCUUUCCUGUGCAUUUUGCUGGUUGCCACGGAUGCCAGCUCUCUGGUGUGCUACAUCACUCGAUUCACAGAGGAGGCCUUUGCUGCUCUCAUCUGCAUCAUAUUCAUUUAUGAAGCCUUGGAGAAACUCUUCCAACUGGGAGAAAUGUUUCCUUUCAACAUGCACGACAAUUUAGACAAUCUCACCUUUUACACGUGUCAGUGUUCGCCACCAGCUAAUAUCACAGAGAAAAUUGUACAGUCAUGGAAUCAGUCAGGUUUUAGUCAGGAUAACAUUACAUGGAGUGAGCUAGAUGUACCGACAUGCAAGCAGCUCUAUGGCGAGUUUGUCGGUCCUGCAUGCGGACACCAUGGGCCAUAUAUCCCUGAUGUGUUGUUCUGGUCUGUCAUCCUCUUCUUCACCACCUUCUUCCUGUCAUCCUUCCUCAAACAGUUCAAGACCAAGCAUUAUUUUCCCACUAAGGUCCGCUCUUCCAUCAGUGACUUUGCUGUUUUUCUGACCAUCAUGAUCAUGGUGUUGGUCGAUUAUUUAGUCGGCGUCCCAUCUCCUAAACUACAAGUCCCAGACACUUUUGAGCCCACCUCUAAGAACCGAGGCUGGCUGAUAUCACCUCUAGGUGACAACCCCUGGUGGACGUUACUGGCGGCAGCCAUUCCUGCCCUCUUGUGCACCAUACUGAUCUUCAUGGAUCAGCAGAUCACUGCCGUGAUCAUCAACCGUAAGGAACACAAACUCAAGAAAGGCUGUGGGUAUCACCUUGACCUUUUGAUGGUGGCAGUGAUGCUCGCUGUGUGUUCGGUGAUGGGCUUGCCCUGGUUCGUCGCUGCGACCGUCCUCUCUAUCUCUCACGUCAACAGCCUGAAGGUGGAGUCCGAAUGCUCGGCCCCAGGAGAGCAGCCUAAAUUCCUGGGCAUCCGUGAGCAGAGGAUCACCGGUCUGAUGAUCUUUGUACUUAUGGGAUUAUCUGUCUUUAUGACAUCUGUUCUGAAGUUCAUACCAAUGCCUGUGUUGUAUGGCGUGUUCCUCUAUAUGGGUGUGUCUUCCCUCAAAGGCAUACAGUUCUUUGACCGGAUUAAGCUGUUUGGCAUGCCUGCGAAGCACCAGCCUGAUCUGAUCUACCUGAGAUACGUGCCACUGUGGAAGGUUCACGUAUUCACUAUAGUCCAACUCACCUGUUUGGUGCUCCUGUGGGUCAUCAAAGCCUCCGCAGCCGCUGUGGUCUUCCCAAUGAUGGUCCUGGCUCUGGUGUUUAUACGGAAGCUUCUAGAUUUCUUCUUUUCUAAGAGGGAGCUCAGCUGGCUGGAUGAUGUCAUGCCCGAAAGCAAGAAGAAAAAGGAAGACGACAAAAAGAAAAAGGCAAAAGAGGAAGCACAGCGCAUGAUGGAGGCAGACGAGGGCAUAGAGCUCCCCUAUGAGGGCGGGAUUCACCUGAAUGUCCCUGUAAAGGCCCUGAAACUCAGUUCUGACCCCUCUGUGGUUAACAUAUCUGAUGAGAUGGCCAAAACAUCUAUGUGGAAAGCUGUUGCCAGUGCCAAACUAUUGAGACCUAGUUGCAGUGAAAAUACAGCUUGCAUUAAGAUCAAUGUGGAGGAUGAUAACGCGGAGAAAUGUUUGGAUACAGAGACGUCAUUAUGAGAGCUGUUAUGUGUUGCUCUGUCCUGUGUGCCCUACCAACCUGCCUACAUGAAGCCAAAGGUAGACACGCCCGAUAGAGGGCUAAACAAUGACUUCCAGGUAUUUCUCAAAGGCUUUCUCGUCAUAGCACUAAAUGAACUAGUCCUGUUUUAUUUUGUAUCAUUUGUUUUUAAUAUGAAUAGGACGCCAUAGGUUAGAUUAUAAAGAGCCCAGUCUCUUAAGUUUCAUAUUUUAUGUUUAUUUUUCAAAAGACAAGGAGUCUCUUAGAAUUAGUUUUACACACUUUUGCGGUACCAUGAUUUUCAAAUCACACUUUAGACGUUAAAUACAAGACCAUUUUUUUACCGCAUUAAAAUGCUGUCUGUCAAAGUGCUGGUUUGAAAAGGAAUAAAUGCACAUUUGAGGAAACAUCUCACUGCGAUGAGGUGAUACGAGAACCGGACUGACCUUCCAUACUGUUUAUGGAUUUAAAUGGCACAUGAAGGAGAUAUUAAAUAUUGUACUUUAAUAGUGAAGAGUGUACUCGCAAGUACUUGAAGAUUUACAUGAGAGAGAUACUAAUCCUUUAUUAAAACAGAAAUAUUUAAUACAAGUCAAUUAGCAGCACAGAUCGGGAACAAACUUAAUAGUUUUAGUACUUGUACAUGUUUCAAAAUCAUCCAAUUGUUGCUGAAAUAUGUAAAUUGCUGCAUAUUGUGUUAUAGAGCUCAGCAAUAUCAGUUCCCCAUGUUUUCACGUGUUUACAUUGUUUCCUUUUUUUAGUGUUAUGAAAUAGAGUUUACUAUUGUUAGUAAUUAUGAUUUUUACGUGUUAAUCAACUAAUUUAUUAACGGUCAUGUGAUGGUUGAGUUCACAGAGGCGAUAAGGCAGCAGGAUAGCUAGCUGCAGUAUUGUUGGUCUAUCAUUUCUUUCUGUUAAUGUGCACUUUAGGUAGGCUAUAGGCCUGAAAACGACUUAUUUAAUGUAUCUUGUCUAGAACCGUCUCAGGAACUUCCUAUUUCAAUCUUUUCCCACAUUACUCUUCUUCCUAUAGAGCUAUUCUUCAUAUUAUCUCUUAACGCCAAUGACCCUAAUGAGCUAUCUGAAUGCUUUGCCUUUUCAUUUUACACUGGACUAAAAGUGAUUGCAGACCCCCUUGUUACACUUUUUAAUGCGAAAAACUUUUUCAUGUUUUUUUUUCAAUAUUUAUAAUACCACAGAGUAUCCGACUUGUUUUAUUUUGAUAUUUUGUUCUGUAUAUAUAUAUAUACUUGUUUUGAACUAGUUUGGAGUUAGUCCUUCGCCAGGUGUUGAUUUUGGUUGCAAAAGUGCAAGCAAACUGCCCCCAUGCUCUUAAAGUUCAUCAAUAAAGCAAACAGACCUCCAUAAUCCCACAAUGAACGCUGUACCUUUGACUGCUAUAUAUAAACACACUCUUCAUCUGAUAUCUGAAUGAAUAAUAGGUUUAUUCAACACUUUUUUUUUUUACUUUUGCAGCAAGUAACAUAAUACUGUGUUUGUGAUAGGGAAUAAGACUGUAAGAAGGAGGAGACUGUUGAAAACAGCAUUGAACUUGUGUUAUAGUUGCUAGUAUUUUCUCUCCACAUUAGGACUCCGAACAAGUAUUGCUGCAAUAGUGUUCUUCUGCACAACAUUUAUGUACUAUGUCCUGUAUCAACAUAAACUGUUCACUGUUUCAGCCCGGUUCAGACAGGCAAUUUCCUUAUCCUAAAUUUCUAAUCAAGAUUUAUGAAAAAUGUAGGACAGAAGUUUUGGAUUUGUACUAUAUAAAUAUAUAAAUACUGUAUACUCUUACACGGGAGAUCUUUUGUAAUGUUGAUGAAAUUGUUUAUUAAAAGUAAUGAAACGAAUGUU